GUCAAAUAAUAUAAAUCACAACUUUCAGAAUGUUUGUAAUGUGCUAACAGGUUAAGAAUUUAGCUUUGUGAAUAACUAACUAACAAUUUUAUUCUAAAAGUUGCAUUAAAAGGUUGUAUACGUUUCAAUUUGUAAAAAUCACAUCCCAAUACUCGAUGUUGCGCUCAUGUUGAAUAGUUGCAAAGAUAUGGUGACUUUUCAAAUGCGGCCAGAUCUUAGAAAACAUAGUUAUAUUUUUCAUUAAUAUCUAAGUAAAAAACCUAUUGGUAUUGGUAUUGUAUAAAAAUUAUACAUUGAUGUGUGAAUAUUGGUUAAGUUUUUGGACUGAAAUUCGUACAUUCUAUAAAAUUGUUUCAUUGCUGUUUGCGUACAGACUAAUAACAGAGAACGUAGAAUAUAUUCUCAAUCUAUUUACUCAAUAAAGUGGCAACUUACGUUCGCGAUGGCAUUAGGACAACAGCACGUGUUAAGCUUUUCGCCUAAUGGCAAAUUAUUUGCUCUCAUCAACGACCAAGGUAUUCUGAGGAUAUGGGACACAGAAACCAACGAACUAAAGCAGGAUUACACACCCAAUCUACAGUUAUCGGGCCCUUGUACUGCACUCACAUGGGUUAUAACAAAUUCUUCAGCCAGACAUUCUGCUGAAGGGAAAAAGUCGAAGAAAGCUCGCAAAUCACACAAUGGUCCAAACCAUGACACAGAAAUAAUUUACUUGGCGCUGGGUACAAGCAAUGGACACAUCUCUCUUUAUUCUUACGCUUUAGCCAAGAUCGAGCGAAACCUUAAAGGCGAAGGACACAGAGGAAAAGUUACAUGCCUUACUAAAGAUACUGAAGGUCACUUAUAUAGUAGUGGGGAAGAUUGCCAGAUAAUAAAAUGGUCAAUAUCUGAAGAAAAGCAGCUCUCAUCUUGGUCAGUGGGGCCGGAAAAGCCGUAUAGCAUUGUUUAUUUGGAAAUAUCAAAUAACUUGGUAGUUGGAGGUCGUCAAAUUAAAGUUUAUUCAGUUGCCACGCAGGAGGUAGUACAAACAUUUACCGGCCACACAUCCGACAUAAAUUUGAUGAAUUCGUUGGUAAUAGAUGAGAGUAGUGAAUACGUCGUAAGCACAUCACGAAUGGAGCGUAUAAUAUGUAUAUGGAAAAUUGGGAAAAAAGGUCGUAACAAAAGUGCUAGUUCUACUUUGAUUAUGGAGGACGUAGCACACUGUCUUACUUGUCAAGUAGAUAUUGAUGGCAAUGUGAGAGUUGCGAGUGUGACACGCAGUGGUGUGAUUCAUAUGUACCUUAUUGCAGUAGAAAACAUUAAACCAGAAAAACCAAUAAAACCGAAGCUGACCAUAGAAGUUGCGUCAGAUAGUGCAACAGUAAUUGCGCCAAUACCAGCUGUUUCAGUAUCACUUCAGCAUAGUAGACGCACGCAAGAAUUAAUUUUCGGUUACGGAAACAAAAGCUUUUUAGUUUUCGAACAUUUAACCCCGAAUUUCACUGAAAAAUUGCAAGUUCUCAUACGCACCGACCCAAAAACGCUAUACUUGAUGCGUGGGAAACUGUCAAAAAAAGACGGAAAAGCUGGUGACGCAAAAAAAACAGUUACUCCAAUCGUCAAUGAUGCCGACGUGGAAUACACAUCUUCAGCUACAGUUCCAAAGAAGAAAUUAAAAUCCGUAGAAAUGCCGAUGGAGUCCCGACUACAAAAUUUGAAUUUAAAUGCUGUUGCUGGCAGUGGAGCACCCCAAGCUCAAAGCAAAGUUCAGUUGUUGGUGCAGGCCUUACACAGCAAAGAUAAUGUUCUUCUACGUUCUGUAUUGCACACGCAUGAUAUUAAAACUAUUCAACUGACCCUCCACAAACUACCUGUGCAAUACGUAGGGCAGUUGGUCAAUGAAUUAACUCAGUUUAUGCAGCAAAAACGUAUGAAUGUCGAGUAUGCAGUUGAUUGGCUUAAAGUUCUUGUUCAGACGCAUUCCAGUCAACUAAUGGCUUUGGGAUCUGAAGAUCUACUAAAUAAAUUCGGUCCAUGCAUUGGUUUAAUAGAACAUCGCGUGAAUUGUCUGAAGGAGUUAUCAAAGGUCGCUGGACGUCUGGAUUUGUUGAUUAAUCAAAUAAAACGCAACACCAAUGAGGAUAACUUAAACAAUUCAAAUGUGUUAGUCUAUGAGGACAAUGGUUCUUCAGACUCUGAAAUGGAAGAUACAGGCGAAAAGAGUGCCUCCGAUGAUGAAUGGGAUGAGGAUAUUGAAGAGGACAUUGAAAACAUGGACCAAGGCGAUGAAGAUAAUGAUGAAAGUGACGCUGACGAUGCAGAAGAAAUGGAAACUUGAUCGUAAUGUUUCUCUCAAAAGUUCUUAGACAGCAUAUGUAUGUUUAUUAUAUAAGUAAAAAUGAAAUAUUUUUAGCAUUUUAUUUAGUUUCCUUUGAACCUUUGGAAGCACUGCUAAUUUUUAUACUUUCUAUAGGUAAAGUUUGUUGAACUCAGAUCUAAAACGGUUUAAACUGCGAACAAAUGAAAUAUACAGCGAAAAAUUGUAUUUCCAGCUAACAUCAAA